AUGGCCUACCGCGGAGGCGGAGGCCGCGGCGCGCCGGCGGGAGGAGGGCGUGGGGCCACGGGCAGGCCGCCUCCGUGCGCGUCCUCGGCGCCUCGCCCCGCCGCGACGGCGGCGCCCGUGGUGGCCGACAACCCCAACGCCACGGGGCCGCACCAGGGCGCCUACCAGCACGGCGUCGUCGUCCGCAACCCCGCGCCGGCACCCUGCGCCGCCGUCCGCGCGCCUUCCCCGACGCCGGUCACCAUCCGCGCGCCCUCGCCCACGCCGACCACCAUCCGCGCUCCCGCUCCGACGCCCUCGCCGGCCGCGCCUCCGUUCCAGCCGGCCCGCGUCUCCGCCCCCGCCCCCGCUCCACCGACCCCCGCGGCCGUCGCCAAGGAGCUGGAGCCCAAGCCCUUCUUCACCGAGAGCGCGCUGGCGCCGCCCGCGGCCGCGGCGGCGCAGGUGGUGCAGCCCGAGGCGGAGAAGGGGCCCGAGGUGGAGCACGUGCCGGUGUCGAAGAAAUGGCUCGCCCACCACGCGCGCCCCGGCGCCGGCACCGUCGGCCAGAAGGUGAUGAUCCGCGCCAACCACUUCGUCGUGAACGUCGCCGACAACGCCCUCUUCCACUACGAUGUGAGCUGCCUCCGGAACCCCAUCCCGCUCCUUAGUCCUUACCUACACUCUCUGUUCACCGACAAAAUUCCUUUUCAUUGCAGCUAUGUCACAGUGUCCAGAUCCUUAUUCUCCACCACCUUUGGUCACAGAGGAGACAUUGGUGAAGGAUUAGAGUGCUGGAGAGGUUACUACCAGAGCUUACGUCCAACCCAGAUGGGGCUGUCACUCAAUAUAGACAUAUCUGCAACAUCCUUCUUCAAGCCUGUGACAGUGGUCCAGUUUGUGCUAGAGUUCCUCAACUUACGUGAUGCCUCACGGCCUCUGACAGACAGGGACCGUGUUAAGAUAAAGAAAGCACUCCGUGGGGUGCGUGUCGAAACAAACCACCAGGAAGACCAAAUCAGAAGAUACAAGAUAACAGGGAUUAUUCCUGUUCCCAUGAGCCAGCUCAUAUUUCCUGUUGAUGAGAGAGGAACAAGAAUGUCAGUUGUUCAGUACUUCAUGCAAAGAUACAACUACAAUCUGCAGUAUACUUCUUGGCCCUGCUUGCAGUCUGGAAGUGAUGCUCGGCCUGUGUAUCUGCCUAUGGAGGCGUGCAAGAUUGUUGAAGGGCAAAGGUACUCUAAGAAACUGAAUGACAAGCAGGUCACCAACAUACUUAGAGCUACCCGUCAACGUCCCCAGCAGAGGGAGCAAAGCAUUCGUGAGAUGGUUCUGCAUAACAAGUAUGCUCAGGAGUUUGGAAUCAAUGUCUGCAGUGACCUGGUCUCUGUUCCAGCCCGUGUGCUGCCUCCCCCCAUGUUGAGAUAUCAUGAUUCUGGAAAGGAGAAAACUUGUGCGCCAAGUGUUGGACAGUGGAACAUGAUUAACAAGAAAAUGAUCAAUGGAGGAAUCAUAGACAACUGGGCCUGUGUGAGUUUUUCACGCAUGCCUCCUGAGGAGGUACACAGGUUCUGUUGUGAUCUGAUUCAGAUGUGCAAUAUGACUGGAAUGUCUGUCAAUCCAAGGCCACUUGUAGACAACCGAUCAGCUAACCCCAACCACAUCGAGAAUGCCUUGAGGGAUGUCUACAGGAGGACUACCGAAAUGCUUGGAAAACAGGGACACGAAAAACAGCUACAACUGUUAAUCGUAAUCCUACCUGAAGUCAGUGGUUCUUAUGGGAAAAUCAAGAAGGUUUGCGAGACCGACCUUGGGAUCGUGUCUCAGUGUUGCCUGCCAAGGCAUGCUGCCAGACCGAACAAGCAAUAUCUGGAGAAUGUUGCACUCAAAAUCAAUGUGAAGGUCGGAGGACGCAACACAGUUCUGGAGAGAGCUUUUGUGCGAAAUGGCAUACCGUUUGUGUCCGAAGUCCCAACAAUCAUCUUUGGUGCUGAUGUUACACACCCCCCACCUGGAGAGGACUCUGCAUCAUCUAUUGCUGCGGUGGUGGCAUCAAUGGACUGGCCAGAGAUCACCAAGUACAGAGGUCUUGUCUCUGCUCAACCACACAGGCAGGAGAUAAUCGAAGACCUCUUCAGUGUCACCAAAGAUCCGAAGAGGGGUAAUGUCAAUGGUGGCAUGAUCAGGGAGUUACUGAUUGCAUUCCGCAGGAAGACAGGCCGGAGGCCUGAGAGGAUACUCUUCUACAGGGAUGGCGUAAGUGAAGGCCAAUUCAGCCAUGUUCCGCGUCAUGAAAUGGACGCAAUCAGGAAGGCCUGCGCCUCAUUGGAGGAGGGGUAUAUGCCCCCAGUCACCUUUGUGGUUGUCCAGAAAAGGGAUCACACCAGGCUGUUCCCUGAUGUUCAUGGGAGGCGUGAUAUGACUGACAAGAGUGGGAACAUACUUCCUGGAAGUGUGUUUGAACUCAUGACCUGCCACCCAACAGACUUUGGCUUUUACCUGUGCAACAAUACCAACAUACAGGGAACAAGUUGUAAUUACCAUGUUCUUUAUGAUGAGAACAAUUUCACGGCUGAUGCGCUUCAAUCCCUGACGAAGAAGCUCUGUAAUACCUAUGCUCGGUGCGUUCCAGGACUCUCCACAGUGGCACCGGCUUUUUAUGCUCAUGUAAAAGCUAGAGUCUGUACUCGCCACUACAUUGAAGGGGACGGCUCAACUGGGGAACUAAAUAUUAAACUUCUUGGUGGUGGUGACAAUCCGGAUACUGGAAGGCCUCGUAAAAGGCAUCGUAAGGAAGAAUCGGGUUCUUCAUCUCAAUCGGCCGAUCACCCAACUCUGGGAGGCAACAGAAUAUCCAACAUAAGUAAUGCCGGUCGCGUCCCUUUUGUGGACUAUGUUAAAGCACAUCGCGGUAGUUUCAUCGUCAAAGUGAGAGUUCAGGACUGUACCUCUACAGUUGUAGGUAGAAAGGAAUAUAGAUAUGAUUUUGACGACAUCGGUAGGGUACUCGGUAGUAGUUUUCUUAUAGCUUACUUUGACACACACAAAGAGAACUUGACGUGGGGUGGAGAAUUGAUGUUUGAAGAUAUUGAAGUAAGCUAUGGUCGAAUCGUGGUGAAUAGAAAGCCAAGAGUGGCUACGAGUCAAGAUGAUUUUGACAAGGAUAUCCAUGUCCUCGUAUUAAUGUUGAGAGCUACAUUCCUUCCAAAGGGGAAGAAUUUACCAUACUUUGAAGGCUUUCUUACAUUUAUCGAGAAGAGCAAAUUUAGAAAUCAUCCAGAACUGCUACCGUACAAGCGGCGCCCCUUGGUUUUUAUGUCCCCACUAGAAAGAGCUGCUGCUUUGGAUAAUCUUUUGAAGAUUUAUUUCCGGCUCAAUGUUACUGAGCAGGAGAAUUUCCGGUCAACAUUGACCAACUUCGAUUGCCCCAAGUGGCCUGAUGCAAAAAGUUAUUGCAUUUUUGAACCUUUGGUUACUUAUCAAGUGAACAAGCAUGACGUCGAUACAUACCUAGACGAGGAAUUUUAUUGUUUACUCAUUUUGCGAAACCAUAAUGAGCACGGCAAAGUGUUGCCAUGGGAAUUGCUUGAUUAUGCCUCAGUUGCGUGCUUCGGAGAUUUUGUUCAGGAUUCUUUCUUGGGUCUUAUGCUAAAGGGCUAUGAAGUUCAUAAAGCCCUUGCUUAAAGGCAUUUGGCAGGCAGAAGGUGGAGCCUGAGGUCAAGGAGGAGACUCCGGGUGUGAUGCCAGAAGUACCGGCGGCAACUGAGUCUCAGUGAAGGCGUCCUGAGCUCGUGAUCGUCUUCCAUGAAUCUGAAGCUUCAUUCACUGAGAGUUGUGAGGUCUUAUCAGCAUAGAGUUAUCUUUUGGUUUUGUCCUUGUCUUUGCUUAGUUGGGACAUGGUUUGCCUGAGCGAUUUCAACUUGUAAGACACUAAGACCCGUUCCAGUUAUGGAUCUUAAUCUGGUUGGAACCGCCGUCAUUUGCGGUGCAUUUUGGUGAUAUUCGUUUUGCCAUCACCUAUGCUUCAUUCUGUCGAAUGGAAUGGAAGAUCAUUUGAUCA